AUGGAAGUUCCAAGGCCACAGAAUCGAUUGGAGAUUGUGUCCUCAAUGCGUCGAAUUCGAUACGAGUUCAAGGCCAAAGGUGUGAAGAAACAGAAAGCUCUAAUCAAAGUAUCCGCCGAUGGAGUCUUUGUCUAUGGAAGGAACAAAUCGAAGAGUUUGGAGGGAGGUGGUGAAGGAAGCACCGCCAAUAAUGUCUCUCCAACCACAGCCGCCGCCGCAGCUGCAGUAUCAGGAGGCCUACUGGGACUUGGACUACGCAGUCCCUCUGCUCUCUCCUGUGUACAUCCAUCAAAUGUCAUCCUCUAUCACCCCAUCUAUAGGCUUCAGUGGAGUAGCGGUUUACUCAUUCAUCUGCAUGGUCAGUAG